CGGCAGUCCACUCUGCUAAUCAGCACGCGCGCGCACACACACUCGACCGGCCCUCCACUUUUCCCCACCCGAAACCCUCGCGUCCGCCGCCGCACCAUGCCGCCGCCGCCGCCGGUGCUGCUGGACGAGCUCGUCGAGGAGGUGCUCCUCCGCAUUCCGCCGGACGAGCCCGCAUGCCUCGUGCACGCCUCCGCCGUCUGCAAGCCCUGGCGCCGCAUCCUCGCCGGCCGGCGCUUUCGCCGCCGCUACUGCGAGUUCCACGGAACGCCUCCCAUCCUGGGACUCUUCCAUCAGCGCGUCCGCUUCGUCCCCACCUCCGCCCUCCUCCCCGCCCAUUCCGGCCUCCCCGACUGGUUUACCAUGGACUGCCGCCACGGCCGCGCCCUCUUCGCCCACAUCGCCAACGACGAGAGCACCCUUGACCUCAUCGUGUUGGACCCUGUGACGGGCCACCAGCGCCGCGUGCCCUGGCCCCAUGACGACUGGACCAAGUGCAGUGCGGCGGUGCUCUGCGCCGUACAAGGCUGCGACCACCACAGUUGCCAAGACGGCCAUUUCUUUGUGGCCUUCGUCGUGACCAAAAAGAGAAAAGUCUCAUUGGGCUGGCUCUACUCAUCCGAGACUCGCAUGUGGAGCAACCUCAAUUCUCUUCAUCACCCCAAUGUCAAAUUUACCAAUGACUUUGGUGAGUCUAGCGUCCUUUUGGGCGACGCUCUCUACUUCAAUGGUGGUCGCAUCAUGGAGUGCCAACUUGGUACGCUCCGCCUGUCAUUGUUCGAGAAGCCAAUCGAUCGCUAUGGGAUUCUCAUGACAGCGGAGGACGGUAGGCUGGGAUUCGCUGCUGUGGUGGAUGUUACAAAUCUAACACUCUGGUCGAGGGAGGCCGGACCCGAGGGAGCCAUGGGAUGGACAACACUCAGGGUAAUUGAUCUUAAGAUGCUACUCCCUCAUGACAACCUCUCGAUCAGAAGUUUCGAAACAACUGAAUAUAUCCCAACAUUUGGAGGUGCGGUCUAUGAGUUUCGGUGUCCUUGGGUGAGUGGCUUCGCGGAGGGCACACAGAUCAUUUUUAUUACCACAAGUGUUGGUUCCUACAUGGUCGAUCUCAAGACAGGGCGAGUCAGCAAGGUGUCUGAUCCUGGCAGACUAUUCUUUCCCUUCAUGAGCUUCUACAUCCCAGCAAUGGAAGCAGCUUCUACAAGCCAGGGGCAAUGAGCUGGUGUUUCAAGUGCUUGGCAAGCUCGAGUUGCUGGAUUAACGAGAUGGUAAUAGUGAUGUUAGAUAUGGAUAGAUGGCACAAAGUGUGGCUUUGGAUCUGUAAGGUUGCUGUUGGUGUUGGUCUUAGUUCAUGGAACUUUGUUUAACAGGUUGUUGCCUUCUGCCUUCUGUACUUGCAGUUUGGAGGAACUUUAUUUAAGAAGUUACUGCUUCCGCACUUAAUUUCUAAGCAGGCUUUAGCUUGAUCAAGGAAAAACACCAGGUCUUCAAGAUCUUUUUUUUUCCAUUCUUGACAUGUCUGUGUCUCUCUUCUUCGGGAAAGGUGACU